AACAGCAAACGACUUUGAAUUGAUUCACUACUCACUCUUUCUCUCUCUCUCAAACUCUAAGGAAUGUAGGAAAAUAAAAUAACACCAUUCCCAACAAUGACUAGCUAGCUAACUCUCUCUCUCUAAAAAUGUUGUUUGUAUCGAUCAAUGUUGAGAAGUGUCAUUCUCUGUUUCUUUGCCCCUCUUUCUCUCCCUUUUCUUUGGUUGGUAGUGUUUGGUUGUGAAGAAAAUGAGGCUGUUUGGUUUGUGAGAAGUGGGUAAUUGAGAAGGAAAAUUUGGGCGGAGAGGUGAAAGGAAGACAGCAACAGAAGAGGAAGAAAAGGUAGAAAAGGGAAAUGUUGAGAUUACAUAGACACAGGCAGCCACCUAAAUCAGGGACUAAAAUUGACUUUAAAUUCUCCAGUUUCAAGGCCCUUCAGGUUCCCAAAGGAUGGGACAAGCUGGUUGUGUCUGUUGUCUCUGUAGAAACUGGAAAAACAGUUUCAAAAACGAGCAAAGCCCUGGUGCGAAAUGGAAGUUGUCAAUGGAAUGAAGCUCUUUCAGAAUCUAUCCGGGUUUCGGAAGAUGACUCUUUAAAAGUGAUGGAGGAUUGUCUUUACAAGUUUAUUGUUUCCAUGGGAUCGGCUAGAUCUGGAAUCCUUGGUGAGGCUACACUUAAUAUGACAAAUUAUACUAGUACAACUGCUUCUGUACCAGUCUCUCUUUUACUCAAAAAGUGCAGUUAUGGAACAAUUUUACAAGGACAAAUUCAGUGCUUAACACCACGAAUUAAAUCCAGGGAUGAUUAUUCAAAAGAGAAAAACCUUGAUUUGGAGAAAUCAAAUGGAAAUUGUCAUGAUGUGGACAUUAAGUCGGAUGGAUCUGGAUCUGAUGCAAGGAGUUUUAGCUCCUCCACCAAAGAUUACCGCUUAAUAUCUCAUCCAGGAGAACCUGAGAGCAGGGAAACAAGUUUUUCUAUAUCAGAGUCGCAUCAAAGCUAUGACUCAGUUGAAGGUUCCAUAGAUGAGGAAAAUAUAUCCCUUAGAGAUCAUAGCGAAGUGCGCAGCAUAAGGAGAGAAGAUUCAAUUAGUUCUGAAAACUCUGUUUCCCAUGGCAGUUAUCCUUCUGAUAGUCACCAUUUGAAGCAGUCAUCUUUUAAUUCACAGAUCAUGGAGUCGGGAAAUCACUUUGUGAAUUCAAGGCAAGAGUUUCCAGCAUAUUCUUUGACAACUAGUGCAGAAGAUACAACCGAGGAGCUGCGUGCAGAAGCUAAGAUGUGGGAGAGGAAUGCCCGGAAACUAAUGCUUGACUAUGAUAUAUUGAAGACAGAAUUUACUGAGCAAUCAAAACUUCAGUCUAAUUUGAACAUGGAGCUCUCAGCAGCCUGUGCAGAACGUGAUGAUUUGAAGAAAGAAGUUGAGCAACUGAAAUUGUCAUUUGAUAGAUCGACGGAAAAACAAAUGUCGCCAGAGGAUUCGUUGCCUCAGUACGAAGGCUUGCCUCAUACUCAAAAAGAAAUAAAAGAAGAACUGAAGUUUCAAAAAGAAUCCAAUGCUAAUCUGGCUCUUCAGCUGAAGAAAAGUCAUGAAUCAAACAUUGAGCUCGUUUCUAUUCUCCAGGAGCUGGAAGAUACAAUUGAAAAGCAGAAAAUAGAGAUGGAAAAUCUCCUAGCAGCACAAUCAAUGUUUAGUGAUGCUGAGAAAACCAUUGAAGAAGCUAUAGAGGAAAAUAGAAAAGUAACAUAUGAGCUCCACCAGUUGCAGGAGUCUGAAAAGAAUUUGAUCAUUAAAGUCAAACUGCUAGAACAGGCGUUGGAGGAGAAAAAUCAAGAGAUAGAGAAGGGAAGGAAUCUCAACGAUGAAACCUGUACGGAUAUUGAGGCCGAAUAUGAACGUAAGUUACUUGAUAAAGAAGAAGAAAUUGUUAGUUUGAAAGCAAAGUUAUCAGAGUCUCUCAAUCUCACACAUUCCACGAAAAUGGGAUCAGCAAAUGAUUGUGAUGAAGAUCUGAUUAGUGAGAUUGAAGUCUUGAAGGGAAAGGUGCAGGAGUUAGAGAGGGACUGCAACGAGCUGACUGAAGAAAACUUGGAACUCUUGUUCAAGCUCAAGGAAUCAAAGAAUGAUUUGAAUAGGAGAAGUACUUCUGAUGAUUUUGAACACAGUGAGUGUUUUACUAAUCCUUCCACCAGAUUUGAAUUCCAACUAAGUAACCCAAAAUUGAAAACAAACCAUGCUGAAGAGACAGCGAAGGAUGACGGUUUUUCAUUUCAUGUACCUAAGUGCUCGGAUAUGGACCUAGAAAGUAAAUUGACAGAAAUGGAUAUGGAAUUGGCUGCAAAGAAGUCUGGAAUGGAGAAACUUCAGAUGAACUUGCUGUCUAGAGAAAAGGAAAUUUUGAUUCUCAGAAAUUGCCAAAGUGAAUUAGAGGCUAAGGUUUGUGAACUUCAAAAAGAAAACAUCCAGCUACAGGAACACAUGGAAGUCAGGCUACAAGAAAGUGAUGUCACCUCUAAGAGUUUUAACGAUUUGCAACAUGAUUUGGUGGUAAUUACCAGCAGUGUGGAUUCCCAAGCUUCUGCUAAUAAAAUACUAGAAAGAAUGUCUUCAGAGCUUCAAACUGGUAAUCGAGAAAUUGAGCUUCAUUUAUCAGAGCUUGAAGGAGAAAAUGUGCAGCUGUCAGUACUUGUAACUAGUCUGGAAGCUCAACUAAAGUAUUUGGCAGGUGAGCAAGAAUCCAGUCAAUUGGAUUUACAGAGUUCCAAAUCUCAUGUUAUGACACUCCAAGAUGAAAUUAAAAGAAUGCAAAAUCAGAUGACUGAAACUCUUGAAGAAUGUGAAUAUCUGAAAAGAGAAAAUUCAAAGUCACAUUCUACUGUUGAGAGACUUACUGAAGAGUGCAAUUCCUUUAGAAAAUCAAAUGGAGAACUGAGGAAGCAAAAAAGGGAGUUGCAGGACUAUUGUUCCCUUUUGGAGGCAAAGUUGGAGGAAUCACAUAAAAGCUUCACAAAUUGCUCCAGAAAAGUGGAUGAAUUGGAACAAUAUCUGUCUUCAUUGCUGGUGGAGAUUUCCUCUAAAGAGAAGAGCCUAACUUCAGAAAUAGAUGCACUUCUUGAUGAAAACUUGAGGCACAAAGAGAAAUUUAAUCAUGAACAGAGCUUGUUAAAUGAGAUGUAUAUGGAGAAGGUAAAUGAAGCAGAGAAUCUUCAGCAAGAGGUGGAACAUCUGGUAAAGAAACUUUCCGCAAUUCACGGGGAAAGAGAAAGGAUAGCUUCUGAUUCUAUGCGGGAACUAUCCAGAUUACGCGCUGAGAACACAAAACUGGAAUCUGAAGUCCAUGAAAUUCAGUCUAAAUAUAAACAAAAUGAGAAUGAGCUCAGCAUCAAGCAAAAAGAUUAUGAAUUGAAGUUAAAAUGUCUCUCUAGUGAGCUAGCUGCUUCGAAAGAAAACCAGGAGUUGCUGAUGGAAGACCAUGAAAAAACAUCAAAGUUAUUAGAGUACUACAAAUCAGGUGAAGGAAAACUAAAGGCCAGUGUAAAUGAUCUUGAAAAGAGGCUUACAGUUACUGAACAUGAACGACAAAAACUGGCAGACGAAUCUUCCUGUCUGAAGGUUCAGUUGCAGAAGUUAUCUCAUCUCGAGGGUGAACUUGUAGCUUUCAAGAUUGAACUUGAUGCAACCAAGUUUGAGAAAGAGAAACUUGAGGCAUCCGUCAAUACAAUAUCUGAGGAAUGCAAGAAUCUGAAGGCAGAGAAGAAUGAUUUACUUGAGAAGAUUUCAAUAUUGGAGGAAAAGAUUUCGCUGAUGCAAAGUGCUUUAUUAGAACAUGAUGAAUUACAUGCUGGGAUGAAAAAAGAGCUCGAUCAAAUCAGUCAUGAAAACAGGCAGUAUCAGGAAGAGAGAGAUGAGUCCCAAAGAAAAUAUGAAGCCCUUGAAGAAGAAAUUAAAUUUAUGAAAGAAGAAAAACAUUAUCAGAGGGAGCACAGCAGUCGCAAGUCUCAAAAUGUUUCCAGGACAAAUGCCAAAGUGAAUACAGUCCAUGAAACUGCAAAGAUCUCAAAGAACGAGAUGACAAAGAGUGGGAACCAACGUCGUGAUAGUAGAAGGAAUGGCCUGGUACAUGAAGUUAAAAAGGAUUCUCACCGCGCACAAGUUCAAAGAGAGAACGGUGGUGGAUGUGAAAUUCCUAAUGGAAGCCAUCAAAGUAAUGGAGCUGACCUUGGCUCAAAGAUUCAGUUACUUGAGGAUCAGCUUGCUAAGGCGUUAGAAGAAAGUAACAGGCAAAAAUCUGAGCUUGAUAGGCUUUUGUCAGAGAACCAAGAUGCUCCUAAAAAAUCCACACCAGAAGGGGAAGUAGUUCCCAAAGACAAGUAUGAACUCAUAAAGUCAAAUCUAGAGGCAGAAUUAAGAGACAUUCGUGAGCGCUAUUUGGAAAUGAGCCUUAAAUACGCCGAGGUUGAAUCUCAGCGCGAGGAACUGGUGAUGAAGCUAAAGACAGCUAAGAAUGGAAAGAGGUGGUUCUCCAUGAAUUCAUAAUGUAUUUCAAAUCUAUUGCAAUGCAAGUCAUCUCCUUAUCCAUCCAUCUUAGGUAGCUAUUUUUUUUUUCUCCCAUUAAUUUUGCAAAGAUACCACAGUUUUCAAUUUCGUUCUUUUACUUAAAUUUCUUUUGGAUCAUAGUAUAGGAAUAUAGCUAUUGGCAGUGGUUGGUUGUAAAUGAUAAAACAGUUGAUCAGCUUACAGAAAAAGCUGGUAUUGCAAGUAUUAUAGUGCUACAAAAAUAUAUAUACACAUACAUAUAUAUAUAUAUAUAUAAUAUGGAAAAGUAUUUACGUCUGUUCUGCAAGAGUUGCAGAAGGAAACCAAUCAAACCAAAUAGCUAGAAAUAAUAAGGAAAAACAGUAACCUGUAAUGAAUAGGUGAUAAAAUUGUUCUGAAAAUUUCCAAAGCCAUUCAAAGUAUAUUGAAAUGGCACAGCACUGAGUGACUGAGAUGCUAUUAUUUUUACCUCAUUUCCCUUUGUACUUAGAUGCUAUAUCUAUAUGUAAUAUACCAUAUGCUUAGUGGUCAGUGUGCUUGAUGUUGCUACUUUGUCUCUUUUUUUAUCCCCUCUCUAUGGUGGACACUGGACACCAUAUUAAAAAUAGAUAAAAUUUUAAAGAAUAAAUAGGGGCUCCUGCUUUAGCAUGGUAUUUGGUUUGGAAUCAAAUAAUAUUCUUCAGAACAUACUAGGUCCAUAUUCUGUUUAUAGUAAAAACCCACUAUUAUACCAUACUAAACAAUGCAUAUAUAUUUAUAUUUAUACAUUUACAUACGUAUAUACACACUUUAGUUUGGAAGGGAGCAAUAUGGACAUGAAAUGGACUCUUCUUGCAUAUUUCAUAAACUACUACCAAAAUUGGUAUAGUGUGACUCAUCAAGUAGGAAUUUAACCCAAAAGAUUUGGGAAACACAAGACUGUAUUGGUUAAUUGAUGAGAAAAAGAGAAGAAAAAAUAAAAUUGACCCCAUUCUUCAAAGGCAUUACGCAAUCAAAAUAAAGACUAUUUAUUUGUUGUAUAGCUUAGGUAAAUAACAGAACAAUUUUGCUGUUGUCACUGAGAAAAUAUGAUAUCACACUCGGACAAUAUUUUAAGCCAGAAAAACACUAAGAGAACUUUAUUUAGUCCUAUAAUCAUAUUAUAUACAAACGUGGCUUUUGUUGAUUUAUUCUAUGUAUACCAAUCCAUCGUAUCCUCUAUGGACAUGCCAUGAAUAAUUGACACUUGGAAGACCAACUUAGUUCAAGUAGGCCCCAAAUGGAGCACUCAUUAUGCAAACUACAAAAAGCCAUGAUGGCAAGCCUGUCAAUCAAAGGGUUGUUGUCUUGGAGUGAGGCUUCAAUAAUCUGUGACCAAAAAAAAAAAAUGUAGACCCAUUUUAGUAAAAUAUUAUUGAUUAAAAAUAUAUCAAAUUAUUAAUAUAUAUAUUUUUUUAUAUAAAGAAAAAAAAAUUGAGUUUGAGUUCUGUGUGGCUUAUACUUAUAGCAUUUGGAAUUAUACUUAUUGGAGAUUAAGAGCAACUGAUUAGUCCAAGGUAUGGACCCUAAUUUUUUCUACUUUUGGGUGGGCCAAAGAAAUCCAACAGUGGAUUCUUAUUGCAUGAUUUCUCUAGAAAAGUUCACUUUUUCACAUAAGCUAAAAAAAAGACAAAUAGACUAAGCAUGUCCCAUUGACAUUAUUAAAUCUACACCUACAUAAUUAAUAUUAUAUGUAUUGAUAUAAGGGGCGUAUGAAAAAGUAAAAAAAAAAAAAAAAAAAAAAAGGACAACGUGAAAGGUAAUGUGAAGGAGCAAAGUCGAGUUAAGGUGCUAAUGGCAUAUCCCAUGGAAGAUGCUUAAACCUGCAAACUUCAACACUCACUUUUUCCCCCAUAACUUUCUUUUUCAUAGUUUCCUUUAAUGAAAAAGUGACCACAAACUCUACUUAAGUCAUCUCAGCCUUUUAUUGCCCUUAAGACCAAAACCCAAAAACAUAAUCCUAUAACAACCAAUCUCUAUCUUCAUUACCAAACCCUCUUCUCAGUAUUCAAACACCAAAAAAAAAAAAGCCCUCUUGUUUUCUAUCUUUCUCUCGGCGGCCACCCCUGCCAACAUGGCUCCUAAUGGUCUGAACCAUAAAUGGUUGGUGGGGGUGGUCACUGGUCACCUUCCUUCAGAUGGGUUUUUCAGAUUGGUGUUGGAUUAUCUAUAUUUGCUUUGAAAUAUUUUGCUGUCGUUUCUUUCACUUCCUUGGUCGUACGACAUGAUCUCUCUCUCUCUCUCUAGCUAGCUACUACAAUAUCCUUGAUUCAAGUUACUUGGAGAAAAGGUAGGUAAUAAGGUUUGAGUAGUAGUAAGUCGUACUAAAGGGCAACUUGAAUCCUUUGGCAUUUUUCUCUCAUAUAUAUUUGAUUGGCUUGACUAAUUAAGAAAAGAAAACUACAUCUUUGUUAUGGGUCGAGUUCAAGCUUCAUUGUUCUACUUAUUAUUAUUAUUAUUAUGUUUGUCCUUUUUUUGUUUUAACUAUGUUUUUGUAAUAAUUAGACGAUCAGCACUAUAUAUGUUUGUGUGUAUGUGUAGGCCUUUGGCCUUAUUAUGUUUUAUGUAAGAUGUAUUACUUGUGUUGUGUAGACCUAUCAUAUUAUAAUAUGGAACUGGGUUUGUUAUAA